CUCGUCAGUGCCGUUUCGGGGGCUUUUUGCGUGUCUGCCACGAUACGCCUCAGCUCUGUUCUCUAUAACUAAAACGCUAAUAAUUCCAUAAUUUCCCUGCCCAAUAUAGCCGUUACCAGUUACCACCCUAUCUUUCUCUCAUCUCAAAGGCCCAAACUUUAACACUUCCCCAUUAACUAGCUGAUUAUUAUGCGCCAUGGCGUGCACUAUUCCCCUCCUCCUCUCCUCUCUCCUUCUCCACAACCUGCCCUAAACACCACCACCUUCGCCGGCAACCAGCACCCGAUGCUGGUUUCUGUUUUAUUAGCCCUUUUUCUUCCGUGCGCCGGCAUGAGUGCGGUUUUCAUUGUUUAUAUCUGUCUCUUAUGGUAUGCCUCGAAUUAUCGGGCUGAUAAUUCAGGGUCGUCAUCGGUUAAGCAAGUGGGUGAGAAAGGGUUGUCUGUUUCGGAGCUUGAGAAGCUACCCAAGGUUACCGGGAAGGACCUUGUGCUGGGGAGCGAGUGUGCGGUUUGUCUCGAUGAGAUUAAGGCGGAUCAAUCGGCUAGAAUGGUUCCCGGUUGUCGUCACGGCUUUCAUUUGCAAUGUGCUGAUACUUGGCUCUCGAAGCACUCGGUUUGUCCUCUUUGUAGGGCCAAGCUUGAGCCUGAGUUGUUCGAUCCUUGUGAUGAUAAUCCCUGCUAAACCUUUAACAUUGAAGAAAAGGGCCUUGUCUGAGUAUAAAGUUCAGUGUUUUGGGUGUUUAUAUAAAGGGUUUUCCUAGGAAGAGAUCAAGAAAAACGUUCGCCUAAGUUAGUAUUUUACUCUCAUCUAUGUAUGGCUUCUCCUUUCUCUUAUAAUUUAUUGAUAUUUCAUCGGUUGAAUCAAUUCUCAUUGUUACUAAAGUGGACAAGAUGGGUAAAAGUCCGUCCCUGAAGAAAUUGCUUUCUUUUUGUUUAAUGUGAAAGUUGAAAAAAG